AUGACAAGAGGCAAACGCAAGGCUGAAGCGACGCAGUCCGCAGACAGCAGAUCAUCGAAGCGCAGAGCAGAUGUUGAAGAGAUUAGCGACCAAAGCGCAUCUGAGGAAGAAGAAGACCAGGGACGCAUCGAGAGCCAGCAGAUGCUGCUAGUGAUAGAUCGCCUCAAGCACAAAGAUGACGGCUGGAUUGACAAGAUGCGCGCCGAUAUCGACAAGGACCAAGAGGCGCUCAUCCAGAUGCUUGACGACAAGGAGCGCGAGCUAGCAGACCUCGACUCGCAGUUUCACAACAAAAUUCGUUCCCUUCUCACUGAUGUACUCGGCGGACCUGCUCCGAAGCAGAGAAAGGGCACCGAUACCCAAGACAUCUUCUACCUCAGACCCGCACACGAGCAUGCUCACCUCUUGUUCACCAAAGCUGAAGACCUGAUCAAGCAAUACAACCACGUUUCCGACGCCAUCGACACAGGCAGAGACAAACUGGCCACCGACCAUCUUGAGACGUUUGAGAAGGACAAGAACGAUGUAGCCGAGAUGCUCCAUGCUGGUCAAGAACUUGCUCGCCGUCAGAUCCAGCAAGUCCUGAAGCGACCGGACGACCGCGACUCUCCACGUAACAAGACCAAAUCUCUCUUCACCGAAGAAAGGUUGGAUGAUGUGGCCUCGAUGUUCAAGGUUCUACGCGAUGAGACCAGGGAAGAGGACGAGGGCGUUAAAGCUCAGCAGGAGACCAGAACCGACAUAACCGAUGGAGAUGGCCUUUUCCCUAUCAUCCACAACACCAAGAAAGGCGUCAAGAAGCUGGCCGGACAUCUGAUCGCCGAUGAAGAAUGA